CAAAACAUCAUUUAAGUCUAUCAAAACCAUAUUUUGUCUUCUCUUCUUCCUAUAUAACCAUGGCCAUUACUCCAAAGCUUUUCUUCCUUCUCUUUUUGCAACUAAUGUUUAUAUCAUCUCUCUCGAACAUCGUCGGAGCACAAGAGUUGGCAGUCGGGUUUUACCAGGAUUGCUGCCCUGGGGUGGAGUAUAUCGUCGCCAAGACGGUUGCUCAAUAUGUUAAGAAACAACCAUCAAUAGCUGCUUCUUUGUUGAGGAUGCAUUUCCAUGACUGCUUUGUUAGGGGAUGUGAUGGUUCAGUGCUGCUAAAUUCUCUACCAAAUAACCCAGCAGAGAAAGAUGCCUUUCCCAACCUUAGUUUAAAAGGUUAUAAUGUUGUUGAUGCCGUUAAAGCUGCCGUCGAAAAGCAAUGUCCCGGCGUCGUUUCUUGUGCUGACAUCCUUGCUUUGAUAGCUCGUGAUGCUGUUAGAAUGAGUGGAGGCCCAGUUUGGAAAGUUCCAACGGGAAGAAGAGACGGAAGGGUAUCAAUCUCACGAGAAGCAUUAAUUAAUCUGCCUCCUCCUUUCGCUAAUAUCUCAUCUCUCAAAUCAAGUUUCUUCUCCAAAGGUCUCUCCCUCAAAGAUCUUGUCGUUUUAUCCGGAUCACAUACAAUCGGAGUCUCUCACUGUACCUCUUUCUCCAAUCGCCUCUACAAUUUCACCGGCAAAGGUGACGCUGAUCCCAAACUAGACAAAUACUACGCGAUCGCACUCAAGAAAAAAUGCAAACCAAAUGACCAAAAGAAAAUCGUCGAGAUGGAUCCUGGAAGCUUCAAGACCUUCGAUCAUAGUUAUUACACUCUCGUUUCCAAGAGAAGAGGAUUGUUCCAGUCUGAUUCCGCUCUUCUCGACGAUCCCGAUACUAAAGCCUACGUUCAGCUUCAGGCUAGGACACGUGGCGCUACUUUCGCCGCCGAUUUCGCUGAAUCCAUGAUUAAUAUGGGGAACAUCGGCGUUCUCACCGGUACCGACGGUGAAAUUAGGCGCCGAUGUGGUUUUGUUAACUGAAUUAUUGGGGAAAGGAAAUGGACGAAUGCGUUCCUUGCAGUUUGUGAAGCUUUUCCUUUUUGUGCAUUUUGAUUCGACGUGUGAGCUGAGUUUCAUGUUUUCGCUUAAAAAUGUCGUGUGGCGAACACGUACGGUCCUGAUUUAAAUCUUCCGUUAUCUUUUGUUCAUCUUUUUUUUUAAUUAUUAUUAUUAUAAAUGAAGUUCAAAUGUUGAGUUCUUCAAUUUUUAA